GGUUCGGACUUUGUUUAGCUUUGUAACUAUUAUUAUUAUAUUUUUAAUCUGUCUGUGAUUUUAGACGUACUAAGUUAUAUUUGGCUGAUGUGUAUUAUGGGCUAGUGUUUGAAUAUUGUAAGAUAAAAGUAGAAGUAAAAUGGAUUUGUUCAGAUCCUUAUCGGACAUCUUAGGAAUACAAUGGGCACCUCUGCAUGUGCCCUUGGAGCGUCGUCUGCAAACGCUGGCCGUCUUCUGCUGGUUCCACUUCAUGACGUCAUUCGGCGUUUUCUCCAGCAUAUAUUUAUUCAUCAAACUGCUUUAUUCCAGUUAUUGGUACUUAGCCAUCGCAUACUCUGUUUGGAUGCUCUACGACAUUAAUACAGGACAAAGAGGCGGUCGUCCACGUGAUUGGGUCCGAAAUUGGAGUUGGUGGCGCUACCAUUGCAACUAUUUCCCCACGAAGAUGAUCAAAACAGCUGAAUUGGACCCUUCAAAGAACUACUUACUGGCUUGCAUACCUCACGGUGUAAUUUGUAUGGGCUUGUUCCCAGUUCUUGCUGCCAAUGUUCUCGAAUUUGGCAAACACUUCCCUGGUAUCAGAAGGGGCUUUGCCACUCUCCCUUUGUACUUCUACGUGCCGUUCUUUAGAGAAUUCGCAAUGGCUAUUGGUGGUACUAUAGCUUCUGAAGAAAGCAUUGUGUACUCUUUGGAUUCUAAGCGAUAUAAGGGCAACGCUGUUGCGGUCAUAGUAGGAGGUGCUAAGGAAGCAGCUGAAUCUCACCCAGGGCAAUACAACACGAUUUUGAGACAGAGAAAGGGUUUUAUUCGCUGUGCUAUUAAGUCUGGCGCCUCCUUGGUCCCCACAAUAACCUUCGGCGAGGUGGAUCUCUACGACCCAGUCAAGAAACCUGAAGGAACUUUCGCGAGGAAGUGCCAGGACAUGGUCUACAAAUUGACAGGGAUCAACCCGCUAUUCCCGAAGGCCAGGGGCCUGUUGCAAUACAGCUAUGGAUCAGUGCCUUACAGGAAACCACUUUUUGUCGUCAUUGGUGCCCCAAUGGAAGUGAAGAAGAAUCAUGAACCAACACCUGAAGAGGUAGACGCUGUCCAUGCCCAAUUCAUCGACGAAAUGGUCGACCUAUUUGAACGGGAAAAAGUACACUACGUGGAAAACCACGAAAAUGUCAAAUUAAACCUAUUGUAAAUAAGUAUAUUGUUUAGCGCAAAGGAUGUUAACAAUGUGUUACGGGCUAUGACGCGUGGAAAGUCGCCAGGUCAUGAUGGACUCAGCAUUGAGCAUCUUCAGCAUGCUGGUUCCCAUAUAUGUAGAUUGCUGUCAAUGCUGUUGUCGCUUUGUAUAAGUCAUUCGUAUUUGCCCUGUGACCUCAUGCGAACUAUUGUAAUACCAAUUGUAAAAAACAAGACGGGUGAUCUGGCGGAUAGGACAAACUAUAGGCCUAUAUCGCUGGCGACUAUAACGGCUAAGGUACUGGACGGCCUGCUUAAUGCUCAGCUUAAUAAAUACCUAAAGUUGCAUGACAAUCAGUUUGGGUUUCGACCCCAGCUGUCAACCGAUAGUGCAAUACUGAGCCUUAAGCAUACUGUCUCAUAUUACCUGCGUCGAAAAACAGCCGUUUACGCUUGUUUCCUUGAUUUGUCCAGUGCAUUUGAUUUGGUUUCCUAUGAUCUCCUUUGGCAAAAACUGGAGGACAUAAAGGCCCCUAAUGAACUUAUUAAUCUAUUCAAAUUUUGGUACGGAAAUCAAAUCAACAAUGUUAAAUGGAAUUGCACUUUAUCUGAACCAUAUAAGAUGGAAUGUGGUGUAAGACAGGGCGGGCUAAGCUCUCCGUCGCUAUUCAAUUUGUAUGUGAACGCGCUGAUCGAGGCGCUCAGCAGAGAGCAUGUCGGCUGUCACGUGGACGGCGUGUGCGUCAAUAACAUCAGUUACGCAGACGACAUGGCCCUGCUGAGCGCGUCGGUCUGCGGGCUGAGGAAACUCCUGUCCAUCUGUGAAGCAUAUGCUACUUCGCACGGCCUUAAAUAUAACAUCCGGAAAAGUGAGGUCAUGGUUUUUGGAGCUAGGAGUAAAGAUUUGUCCAUACCUACUAUUUCCCUGUAUGGUGUUCCUCUGAACAGAGUAGAAAAAUUUAAAUAUCUUGGACAUAUCUUGGCUCCUGACCUCAAGGACGAUGCCGAUAUAGAUAGGGAGCGAAGAGCGUUGUCGGUUAGAGCAAAUAUGAUCGCCCACAAGUUUUCGAAAUGCUCGGAAGAUGUCAAAAAAACUCUGUUCAGAGCAUUUUGCACAUCAUUUUAUACGAGUACUCUGUGGGCCCAUUUUACAAAAAAAUCGUACGACGCUUUUCGCAUCCAAUAUAACAACGCGUUCAGGGUGUUGUUGCGGCUGCCUCGGUUUUGUAGCGCAUCAGGCAUGUUUGCCGCGGCGCGGGUCGACUGCUUCUACGCGACGAUGCGGAAACGCGGCGCCAGCCUGGUGCGCCGCGUCCGAGCCAGCUCCAACAGCAUCCUGGCCAUGAUAGCGAGCCGGCUAGACUGUCCCUACAUCAACCACUGCUGCGAUUUGCAUGUAGUGAAUAAAAAUUAGGCUGCCACAUACAUUUGUUACUAACACUAGAUUAGAAGCUUCUUUGUAUACUACUAACAUUUUUUUUUAUAUGAGUCCUGGAUGCUCGAAAUAAAGAUUUUUAUUAUUAUUAUUAUUAUUAAUAGGUAAGUACUUAUUAUUUCGUAUAAAAAUUUACUUUAUUAACUUAAAAAAGUUAAUAAAGUACAAUAAAUUUGGAGUCAAGGUCCAAAAAACCUCCAUAAAUUCUUCUAAAUCAUGAAAGUUUUUUUUUAAGUUAAAAUAAACAAUGGAGAAUUGUAUUCCGUCUUGUUUUUUAGUUUGUCUGAAUUGUUUCAAAUUGAAUGCAAUAUUAUAUCUCUUAUCAUCUUUCAGAUUUUAAGUACAUUUUCUUGUAUUAAUUAUAUCUUUAGCUUCUGUCAAGAUUAUCGACAUAUUGUAUAUAUAUGAUAAUUUACCUACUUCUUCCACUUAACUACGAAUAUUUUUUAAAGUUUCUUAAAUUUGUGUAUUGCAUAAGACAUUUCUUUUCCUGUUUAGUGUUAGAGCAAGGACUUCAACACACAAAAUAAAUGCACAUUUAAAACUUUUA